CGCUCCACGCUGCGUAACCAACACCUCAGCGAGGAUGGACGGAUGGAUGGAUGCACGGAUUUGGAUAGAUGUUCCCGUUUAACCGAACGCGCACAUGAAGACCUCUUCAAGUGAUUCUUUGAUUACUUCCAGUGUUUUAUUUUUUUUGUAACGGUUCUCGGAUUACCUUUGGUCUGUGAAAAUCAAAAGAAGUAAGGAGAUUUUUUUGAGGGAAGAGAAGAGAGGAAGGGGAGACAAGGAAAGCUCCGGAUUGCUGAGAAAGGCUGGGUGUGCUAGAAACACGGAAAGUCACGGAUCAUGCUUAUGGGAACUUCCGAUUCCGUCUCUAUAAGAGUGGCUCUGCCUGAUGCUCUAUCAUGACUGAUGGCGAGGGGAGAGCACGCUUUCAGUACGCUGAGUGCCCGGAGGGGCAGGAGCAGGAGGAAGUGCAGGAAGAGGUGAGGCUUGCUAUACCGACGCCCUACAGGAAGGACACCCCAGGCCAUGAUGUUGACCCUGGAGGAGGCCAUGACGAGGAGGAAGAGGAGGAGGUGGAGAGGGAGGGGAGGAGCAGUAGUGGACGGCGCGAAGGAGGAGAAUGGAGUUCUGAAGUUCAGGAGCAUGAAGACCAGGAACCGGAGCUGGAUGUGGAAGUUGGUCCAGCAUUGGGAGUUCGUAUCACAGCUCCGAUUCGCGAUCCAGACUGCGUCUCUGAGGAGGAGGAGCAGCAGCCGUACCCGGCCCUGGCCCCGCUGGCCUUCUUCUGCUUAAAGCAAACAACAAGGCCUCGCAACUGGUGUCUUCGCGUCGUCUGUAACCCAUGGUUCGAGCACGUAUCCAUGCUGGUGAUCCUGCUCAACUGUGUGACUCUGGGGAUGUUCCAGCCAUGUGAAGACGUCACCUGCCAGUCAGAGUGGUGCCGCAUCCUACAGGUAUUGGACGACUGUAUCUUUGCUUUCUUUGCUGUGGAAAUGGUCAUCAAGAUGGUGGCCCUGGGAAUAUUCGGCCCCAAUUGUUACCUUGGUGACAAGUGGAACCAGCUUGACUUUGUUAUCGUCAUGGCAGGGGUGAUGGAGUAUUCUCUGGAUGGCCAUAAUGCAAGUCUGUCUGCCAUCCGUACCGUCCGAGUACUUAGGCCACUUCGGGCCAUCAACAGAGUACCAAGUAUGCGGAUCUUGGUGACCCUGCUGUUGGACACACUGCCCAUGCUGGGAAAUGUGCUUCUUCUCUGCUUCUUUGUCUUUUUCAUCUUUGGCAUUGUGGGAGUCCAGCUGUGGGCGGGGCUGCUGCGCAACCGCUGCUUCCUGGGAGAGGACAUCAGAACAAUGUACAACUUGUCCAUAAGUUCUUACUACAUGUCUGAGGAAGGUGAAGACAGCCCAUUUAUCUGCUCGGCUGCCCGCGAGAACGGGAUGCUGCGCUGCCACGAUGUGCCGGCCUACACUGAGGGUGGGGCAGAGUGCUCAUUGGCUGCUUCCCACCAAACUUCAGCUCUGAUUGGAUCUUCCCCUGCGUUGGGCGGGGCCAGUGUUAAUGGCUGUGUUAACUGGAACCAGUACUAUAAUGUGUGUCGCCCCGGGGACUUCAACCCUCACAAGGGAGCUGUCAACUUUGACAAUAUUGGCUACGCGUGGAUAGCCAUAUUCCAGGUCAUCACACUGGAAGGAUGGGUAGAUAUCAUGUACUAUGUCAUGGAUGCUCACUCCUUCUACAAUUUUAUAUAUUUUAUACUGCUCAUUAUCGUGGGUUCUUUCUUCAUGAUCAACUUGUGCCUCGUGGUCAUCGCCACCCAGUUCUCCGAGACAAAGCAGAGGGAGAACGCCCUGAUGAGGGAGCAGCGUGCUCGCUACAUGUCCAACGACUCCACCCUCGCCAGUUACAGCGAACCGGGCUCAUGCUACGAGGAGAUGCUACGCUACAUCAGUCACCUUUAUCGCAAGUUAACACGCAGACUCCAGAGGUUAUACUCUGGAUGGCACAGUAAAAGGCGUAAAAAGGUGAAUCCUAAUGGCAGCGGCGGAGGCAGUAACGGCGGGGGUAAUGGACACGGCCAUGGUUCCAGCAGGGGCUGCGGUGGCUUAGGUCCGGGUAGUGCAUUGUGGUUGAGACCGAUCCAUAACCUUCUGCAGCACCAUCAGCACCAGCACUGCCGCCUCAGCAACGGAGGGCAGCACACAAUCAGCGUGGAAACCACCGAGCACAUGGACGGAGAAAGAGGGGUAGGAGGAGGGGAGGAGCUGGAGAUGAAGUCGCUUCCUGUAAGGAGAGGGAGUACUAAUGGAAAUAGCAGCAGUGGCGGCGGCCAUCCGUCUGGUUUCACCCAAGGCAUGGGGGCAUUGCUCGGGCGACUGAACGGGGGGAUGAACUAUCCGACCAUUCUGCCGUCGUUUGUGUGCAGCUACAGUAGUAAGACGCCGCCCCCUCACUCCCAGCAGUGUGGUCCCAGUCCAGAGCAGCACCCCCCAAACCACCCAGCAUCUGAACACACAGAGACACUGAACAAGCUCCACCAGCUCAUGGGACAGCACAGACGCCAGAGGCUGCUGUACCAGCUGGCCGGCGUGGUGCCCAGCCCUCUGCUCUUGGAGCUGCUUAGCUGCCCUCUGUGUGCCCAUAGCCUGGAGACCUUGGAGCUGGAACUGGGAGACCUGGAGGGAGGCAGGGGAGAGACUGACGGACUGCACGACUUCCCCCAGGUCAGAAUGCACAGGGGUGCAUUAAUGAUGAUGGGGGGGGACCUGAGAAGUGGGCGAGGUCGGAGCAGACAGCGGGGGGUUGUGGAGUACAAAAAUGGAGUGGUUUGGGCCUGGAGAGGUUUCAGGGAAAAACUGAAGAGGAUUGUGGAAAGUAAAUACUUCAACCGAGGGAUCAUGAUCGCUAUCCUCGUCAAUACUCUCAGCAUGGGGAUUGAGUACCACGAGCAGCCUGAAGAGUUGACUGAUGUGUUAGAGAUCAGUAACAUCGUUUUCACCAGUAUGUUUGUCCUGGAGAUGGGUUUCAUGCUGCUGGCCUUUGGUUUGUUCGGAUACAUCAGGAACCCAUACAACAUAUUCGACAGCAUCAUUGUUAUCAUCAGUGUGUGGGAGAUAAUUGGUCAAGCAGACGGAGGGUUGUCAGUCCUGCGAACAUUUCGUCUCCUGCGGGUUCUGAAGCUGGUUCGCUUCCUGCCUGCCCUGAGGAGACAACUGGUAGUGCUCAUGAAGACCAUGGACAAUGUGGCCACCUUCUGCAUGCUGCUGAUGCUUUUCAUCUUCACUUUCAGUAUACUGGGUAUGCACUUGUUUGGCUGUAAAUUCAGUCUUGAAACAGAGAAUGGGGACACCAUCCCUGACCGCAAGAACUUUGACUCUCUACUCUGGGCCAUCGUCACUGUAUUCCAGAUUCUUACCCAGGAGGACUGGAAUGUGGUGUUGUAUAACGGCAUGGCUUCCACCUCUCCAUGGGCAGCUCUCUACUUUGUUGCUCUCAUGACAUUUGGCAACUAUGUGCUCUUCAAUUUACUUGUGGCGAUCUUGGUUGAGGGCUUCCAGGCUGAGGGUGAUGCUAAUCGGUCAGAGUCAGAUGAUGAGAAGAAAUCGGACAACUUUGAAGAGGAUGAGAAAGUAGAACAGCUCAGAGACACAGAGCUAAAAAUGUACUCUCUGAUGAUGACAGCCAACGGUCACGUUGACCCUCGUGGCUCGAUGGCUCCUCCCAUAAUCAUGCGCACGGCGGCCACACCCAUGCCCACUCCCAAGAGCUCUCUGGGGCCUGAGUCUAUCCUUGGAGAGGAGGUGACGUAUGGAGAAGGCGUGCCUCAAUAUGGCGAGGUGGGACUGGGCUUUUCCGAGGCAGGAGUUGGUCAUGCAGAGUCUCGCCGUGGAAGCUCCACCUCCAUGGAGCCUUUAGCCUAUGACCAGCGUUCUCUGAGCCUCUCAAGUCCCGGCCGGCGUUCCCCUCUUCCUCCCCGCUCAUGGGGAAGCCGUCGCUCCAGCUGGAACAGCCUGGGAAGAGCGCCGAGCCUCAAGAGGAGAGACACCAGCGGAGAGAGGGAGAGCCUGUUGUCUGGGGAGGGAGGAGAGGACGAAGAUGGUGGGGAGGACAAGGGGGAAGCCAGUGGAAAAAACCGACUACGGCCCUUGGAGUCCUUGGAGCUGCUGCAGGCGUCUACUCUCUGUCCUUCUAUAAUAGCAGAGUAUAGUGACUGUAACGGGAGGACCCUGACCUAUGACCCCAACUUGAACUCUGACCCCAAGGAAGACUCCUCGCCUGAGGACGACAUGGAUGAUGACUGUACUUUCUGCAACUGGAUCAAAAAAGAGCUUGAUAACAUGAAGCCCCGCUGGUGCAAAGAGCAUGAAGACUGGACGCUGUAUUUGUUCUCUCCAGAGAGCCUAUUACGUGCGUGGUGCCAAAGCGUGAUCUCUCACAAGAUGUUCGACCAUGUGGUUCUGGUUUUCAUCUUCCUCAACUGCAUCACCAUCGCUCUGGAAAGACCUGCUAUACAGCCUGACAGCACGGAGCGAGUGUUUCUGAGUGUGUCCAACUACGUUUUCACUGUGAUCUUCCUAGCAGAGAUGGCCAUUAAGGUUGUAGCUCUCGGUUUCUGCUUUGGGAAGCAGAGCUACCUCCAGUCCAGCUGGAACAUUCUAGAUGGUUUGUUGGUGUUUGUGUCUCUGGUCGACAUUCUGGUCUCUCUGGCCUCUACUGGCGGAAACAGGAUCCUGGGCAUCCUCAGAGUCCUACGCCUGCUACGAACACUACGCCCACUGAGGGUAAUCAGCCGAGCCCCGGGACUGAAGCUAGUUGUCGAGACGCUCAUCACCUCUCUCAGACCCAUUGGGAACAUUGUCCUUAUCUGUUGCGCUUUCUUCAUUGUCUUUGGCAUCUUGGGGGUGCAGCUGUUCAAAGGCAAGUUCUACCACUGUGAAGGUCUGGACACCAAAAACAUCACCAACAAGUCUGACUGUCUGCAGGCCAACUACCGCUGGAUACGAAGGAAGUACAACUUUGACAACCUGAUUCAGGCUCUGAUGUCUUUGUUUGUGCUGUCCUGUAAGGACGGCUGGGUCAACAUCAUGUACGACGGGCUUGAUGCGGUGGGGGUGGACCAACAGCCUGUAAGGAACCACAACCCCUGGAUGCUGCUGUACUUCAUCUCCUUCCUACUCAUCGUCAGCUUCUUCGUCCUCAAUAUGUUUGUCGGGGUCGUGGUGGAGAACUUCCACAAGUGCCGGCAGGACCAGGAAGAGGAAGAGGCUCGCUUACGGGAAGAGAAGAGGCUCAAAAUGAUAGAGAAAAAGCGCAGGAAGGCCAAGCAGAGGCCUUACUAUGCAGACUACUCUCCCCUGCGUCUGUCCAUCCACACACUGUGUACCAGCCACUACCUGGACCUCUUCAUCACCUUCAUCAUCUGCAUCAAUGUCUUCACCAUGAGCAUUGAGCACUACAAUCAGCCACAGUAUUUAGAGGAGGUCCUGAAGUACUGUAACUACGUCUUUACCUGCAUCUUCGUGAUCGAGGCCCUGCUCAAACUUACGGCAUUCGGCAUACACAGGUUCUUCAAAGACAGGUGGAAUCAGCUGGAUAUAGCUAUAGUGGCGUUGUCCAUCAUGGGCAUCACCCUGGAGGAGCUGAAAAUGAGCGCAGCACUGCCCAUAAAUCCUACCAUAAUCAGAAUCAUGAGAGUACUCAGAAUAGCACGAGUGCUGAAACUUCUAAAGAUGGCCACGGGGAUGAGAUCUCUGCUGGAUACUGUCAUGCAAGCGCUGCCACAGGUGGGAAAUCUUGGUCUCCUCUUCAUGCUGCUCUUCUUCAUCUACGCUGCGCUGGGAGUGGAGCUGUUCGGCAAACUGGAUUGCAAUCCCAACAACCCAUGUGAGGGUCUGAGCCGUCACGCAACCUUUGAGAAUUUUGGGAUGGCCUUCCUCACGCUGUUUCGAGUGUCCACUGGAGACAACUGGAAUGGGAUUAUGAAAGACACACUAAGGGAGUGUCAUCCAGAAGACCGCCACUGUUUCUCCUACCUGCCUUUGGUCUCUCCAAUUUACUUUGUCACCUUUGUGCUCAUGGCCCAGUUUGUUCUGGUCAACGUGGUGGUGGCUGUUUUAAUGAAGCAUCUAGAGGAAAGCAACAAGGAGGCUAAAGAGGAUGCAGAGAUGGAUGCAGAGAUCGCCUUGGAAAUGGCUAUGGAGAGGCAACGCAAAUUAAGCACAAGCUCCCACAACAGUUCAGUAGCAGGGACCUAUGUUGGGCCAUGUCCCCAUUCACCUGAGCAGGAGGAAGAGGCGCAGUACGGUGACCAGGACCUGCUGUCACCAAGGAUGAUGUCUGUAUCCAGGAUGCACUCUCUGCCGAAUGACAGCUACAUGUUCCGACCUGUGCGGCCUGCCAGCGCCCCCUACCCUUUGGAGGAAGUAGAUCUCAGUCCCCAGCACCAGCAUUCAGGCUCAGUGACGUCGGUCCACUCCCAGCCAUGUGAGAGUCGCGCACUGCUGCAGGUACCAGACGUUUCCCCGAUUCACCCUCGGCCACCUCCCACCCUCACCCUCACCCUGCCCCGCAUUGCCCCGCCCACGCCCAGCCCCUCCCCACGGUCCCUGCGCAGACAGGUAGCACUUAAAGUGGACUCUGUGGAGUACCAGGGUUGUGAGCAACAGGAGAGGCCCAGCCCUAAUAUACUGCCUCCCCCCUCUCCUUCUCCCCUCUCUCCUCAUACAUCCUCUCCAUCUCCCCUGCCCCCUCCACCUCCCUCCUCCCCCUCAGCCAUUUCUCUCCCACCCUGCUCCCCUUCUGCCUUCCCUCUCCCUCCUCCCUCUCCCUCUCCCUCUCGUCUACCCCCUCUACUGUCCUCCCCCUCUUCCCUACCUCCUCCGCCAUCUUCCCCCUCGCUUCUUCUCCCUCCGCCUCCCUCCCCCCGCCUCCCCCUGCGCCCUCCCAGCCUUCGGAGACCUAGGCCGCCCUCUGCUGCCUCCCUCUGCGACCCUGCAGAUGAGGAGGUGUAUCACAUCACCAGCUCAGCCAGCCACAGGUGGAGAGCUGAGGAGGGAGGAGGGCAGGAGAGCAGAGGGAAGGCCAGCCGCAGCCACUCCCUCUCCCCCUACACCACCCCGCACCCUCUAGAUUCCUACUCCACUUCCUCCCCUCCUCAUCCCCCGCUACCACCUUCCUCCUCGAGGAGCGCGCUCAGUCUGCUUGGGGCGGGAUUGAAGGACCGUGACUUUAGGAAGGGUCUUAGCGUUGACAACCAGGGCUUCCUGGACAAGCCAUUAUCAUUGUCUGCUGGUAAUCCUGAUGAUCAGCGCCGCCACUCAAUAGAAGUCUGCCUCCCACAAGCUGUGAUCACCAGUGAUGACCAACACUUUACACGUGAGGCCCUGCGGUCAGAAAGGGGUGGUCAGGCAUUCCCUGUGAGGGUGCAGUCAGUCGGGGGCGGCCACAGAAAGAAGAAGAUGAGUCCUCCUUGUAUAUCCAUCCACCCGCCCUCAGAGAGGGAAAACCCCCAAGUCGCUUCGCCCCCGAAACUGGCUGACUGCAGCAUGAUGCUGAGACGCAGGACACCGUCCUAUGACUUGACCCCGCACACACCGUCAAACACGCACACGCAAGACGUCUCGGCAGAUUCACAGAUGCACUCCCCGAUGCACAUGGUGCUCACACCCAUCCAUGUACCACUGCAAGCACACUCAUCAACACACACACUGACACCCUCGCGGGCAUCUACUCCAACACCCACUCAGACAUACAUUCCACCACAUGCAUCCACACCCACACACCCACACAUCCCGAUCAGCCCAAACAUCUUCAUUCAGCCUCAUGCACCUCUGCUCCCAAAUGCGAUGCCUUUCGCACAGACACACUCCCUCUCCCCUGCUGCAAGGCACUCCCCUCACACAGGAGACUACGUCCCCCUCCCUCAGUUCACCUUCGACCAACCACAGUCCAGAUACAUGAGUGGCCUGUCAGCUGGCCUAUCAGAUGCUGAUACAGCCACCUGCUCUUCCCCUUUCGACAACAGACUGGGAAGCAGUGCAGGAGUCAGUGCAAAGAACCGGAGGACCGCCCAAUGAACAUGGAGCAUUGCCUUCAGGGAGUGAAUUAAUUGGUCCAAAAUCUCUAAAGUUGGAUAGUGGAGCCUCUUUGAAAGAAGUUUACUGAAAGAGGGAUUGUUUUUGUUUUUGUUAAGAUGAAUACUGAAAAGACAUGACUUAUUCUCUCCAGGGAGACCCUGGGACAGUCCUGUUCAUGAAUAAUAGAAAAUGGAUCCAUUUUCCUAAAGAAGAGGAGAUCCACUGAGGCUGUACCAGUCAAACAGUACCCACUGUACAUGGUGUGUUUGAGACUUACUCCAGUAACACACCAGGACUAAAGCCACCUAACUCCGUAGCCAAAGUUUUUUCUGACACACUGUCCCCACCCACGCUAGUCAAUCAGGAAGCAGCGUCUGGCUGAUAACCUCUGCCCUUUACAGGAAGUGGUUUGUGAAAUGCGAGCGUGGGGGGGAAUUGUGGGAUAUGCAACUUCAGGUUUUCUACAGAAGUUCUGCUUGCCCCUCCUCUGCUCCCCGAUCACAUUGAUCAGAGCAGACGCGCGUGUGUGUGUGUGUGUGUGUGUGAGCGUGUCUGCGUUUUCCUAUGUGCCAGUAUUGUCAAAUCUGUUGUCAUGGAAGUCGGCCAUGUAAUUCUUACGCCUGUGAUGACAGAGAGGGGGAGCAGGGCAGAGCUGUAGUGUAUGUUUAUCUGUGUAUCUGUGCAGUGUAAAUAAAGGAAAAUACUGUAUUUGGUGAGAUUAAAAAUAGCUCUAUCCAUAUGCACAUAUUUUUAUAGAGAUCUAAAAUGUUUUUUGCACACAAAUUUAAAUUUCAAGUUGCUUGUUUUUCCUCUGUUGUCUUCUUGUGAAUGUAUGUUUCUUUUCAAAACGGAGAGAGCAGGGAAGGAGCUCAACCCUCCUCUCAACAGGCCAGCUGAGGUUGAGAAGUGGGAUUUUAUUUUUCUAUUUUGAAAAGGAGAAAUGGGGUGUGGUGUGUUUCUGUAGCUUUGUCUCAGAUUUCUAUGUAUUUGAUGUCUAAAUAACAGUCUUAAGAAGUGGGCUCAGUGAUGCAAGCCAAAUUCAUUUUAAGAUGUUUUUCCACACUCAGACUACUGACUAGGCAUGUGUGCUGACUCUCCACAAAUUCAAUACUAAAUGUGGCUAUUAUUCUAAAUGAAUCACAACGGGUUUUGCCCUUGAAGUGAAUUAAAAAUAUAGUAACAUAUAUGCAACACAGAAAAACAACUGUCCUUCGGUAUAUUUAUUUGUGCAGAUAGGUUAGAAAAGAACAACUUGCAAGCAGAUAAAUAUAUAUGUGGGCUGCUGGCUUUGGGAAAAUAUACAAAAUCCAGUGUUACCCUCUUGAAAAGUAUAACCUGCCAUCACUGAACCCUCCUUCUACAGCUGUUUUCAAGCUGGAUCAGCUUGGACACCACUUUUGUACAUCUAAAGACAACCAAACUAACUAAGUUACUAAAUAUGUGUAGCCAGAGUGCAAUAAUAAUAUAUACUUGUGAAAAAUAUAGUAACAUCCACACUGCAUACCACAACUACACUUUUGUGUUCGUACAUACUGUAGAACUACUAUAUAUGAUAUAAACCCAAUUUUAUAUGAUGAUUGAAAGUAUUUCUAUCUCUAGUGUUCAUAUAGGUACGUGCCCCCUGCGUGUGGCAUGGGCAUGGCUGGAAGCUGUGUUAGGUAGUGUAUAUUUUUAUUAAAGCUCAGGCCCACCCGCUGAGUUACUGUAAGCAGAAGAGCAUCUCAGCUUAGGACUCUAACCAGUUUAUUCCCUCCCUUGAUUUUAUUUUUAACCCACCAGAUUUGAAACCACACACCAUAUUUGUUACCUAUAUAUCAGUUAUGUUGAAUUAACCUAUCCACAGAAUCGUGUAACCUCCAAGGUGUGAAUGACAAAGAAUGACAAGCAUUUUCCUUCCAGUGGCUGAACGUUUUCUUACCAAGCCAUACCUUUAUUCUGACACAGCACAAUAUGUGUUUUUGUUUUCUAAUUUCUUGUGGUUUGGCACAAGAAAUUAGAAGAAGAUAGAUGAGAAGCACGCUUGUAAGCUACUUGGGUACUUUCAAAGGCAGCUGGCUGGGAUGGCGUCUUCAUAUCAACAUAUAACAUGCACAACUCCUCGGUUAUCUGAGAGAAAACCAAAGUGCUUUGAUGUUGUACCAUAAUCACCGGAGGCCCAGUAUUUCUCAUAAUUGUGCAAUGGAAAACAUAAAUAAUAUCUGAUUAAGUAUUGCCAACCAUAUUAAGUAUUUGUGAUUGAUUAACAAGAUGAUAAUGGUCUCUGAAGGUCAGUAAAAAUUCUUAAAUAGCCAGUUCGGCAACAAGUAAAGCCUUGUCUCUAUAAAACAAAAAUUUAAAAGCAGAGGACAGCUAUUUUUAUGAUAAUUUUUCAGUUACACAAUUGGCCUGACAUUGUGCUAAAACUAGCGGUAAAAGGCUGUAAGAGAGUGCUGACACCUACAGAAACCCUGUCCAAAUUAUUAUCAGAUUAUCAUUCUCUUUCAACACUCAUUAGCUUUACGCCUCCCAAGCAAAAUGUAGGGGGGCAAAAUUGUGAUAGAAAACGUAAGGAAAAAAGCAAAAGGAGAGAAUAAAACGAUUGAAAUGUUAAUUAUGCCACAGGUCAAUUACCUUUGACCUUUGGGCACUACAGCGCAGCCCUGUGAUUGGUUGGAUUUUAGACAAUGAAAUCACAAUUUGGAAAUGUUGCUGCUGUCUUUUGAUAGCACUCUUCUUCCAGUUAUGACAUACAGAAACACAUCUGAUGCCGGAUUCUGAGAUGUCCUCCCUCCUCUACAUGGCACAGUUGGUCGUCCCCUUGUUUAAAAUGAUUUUAUUACAGUAUGUGCUUGAACACACUGUUUUUGUGUAACUACUUUGUCUUGUUUCAUGUCCUCUUCCUGCACAGAUUGUCAGCAGGAGGUUUUAAGUUGUCUGAAGACAGCCUCUUUCUGGCUCCCUCUUAUUUGACUUAGUGCGGACAACCCCGAUCUACAGCAUAAUGCCAUAUUAAUCCACACAGUUUGGUAGAGUGACUGCAUAAUUGUUCUUACGAUUUACAGAUCUUUGGAUCUCAGUAUUUAAAUCCUGUUUUUGAGGAAACAGUUUUGAUUAUUGCAUGUUCUGAUUUAAGGAAAAAAAAAUGUUUUGGGAAAGAAUCAUCUGGAUGUUUUAGAGAUUUUGAUAUUUGCAUUUUCAGAUGUUUCCAUUUGUAGACUACCUAAUUGCACUGGGCUCUGAUUAAUUGGUAUCUGAUAAAAUACUGAUUAAAUCACCCUGUUCUUUAUUGUUCAAUGCAAUAGUGGGUGGUUAUUUACUGUAUGAGGACAUAUCUCCUCUUUAUACAGUUUUAUAGAGAGAAAUGGCAACCUAGUUGGUUCUUUUUUUGUUCAGAACCAAUGUUAUUUAAUGUUGAGGUGAACCUUUUUUCACUUUUCCUCCUGAUACUCUAAACAUGAUGGUGAAACUAAUUAACUGAUGUAUAUUUUAUGUAGGUGUAGCCUCAGCCCUGAUGCUCUGUAAGGGACAGAAAAGGAUAGUAAUAAGUAGUGUUUUCUGGUCCGGCCUCACAGUGAAGCUGAUCACGCUUCUGUCGCCGCAACGCCAGACUCCAGAAGGUUCAAACUGUGAUAGAACUUGACUCUGAUGAAUCAGAAGCCUUGUGUUUUCAUUCUUUCUUUUUUAUAACCCUUCAGUGAUUGGCCCAGGCACCCCCACCCCCAGACCCCCCCAAGCCUUACAAGGAGGGGAGGAGGUGUGUUCUGUCUGUCAGAGGAGAACCAAUGUGUCUGCAAUAAUAAACCCUCCAUUAUUCCCUGUAACAGAGGGAGAAGGGAGGGGACAGGGGAGGUGUUUAAAGGCUCGACACACAGUCGGACUCUCUACAUUGUAUCGUUGCUGAUUAUUGUGUGAUGACCAACUGUUGUCCUGAAGGAUGUUUCCCUGUCAAUUAAAAAAAUACGAUUUUUUUUAUUCCUGA